CCCCGCCCUUUCUCUUCCCGGUUUUCCAGUCAGUCUGCGGUCCGGUUUGGUGGCUGCUUCCGGUGGGACCGCCGAGCAGGGCGAGUCAGUCUCACCUCCUCGUUAUGUCCUACGGUCCCUUAGACAUGUACUGGAACCCGGGGCCCUCGGGGCCCCAACCUCGGGACUUCAGCAGCAUCAUCCAGACGUGCAGCGGCAAUAUCCAGCGGAUCAGCCAAGCCACUGCUCAGAUAAAGAAUUUGAUGAGCCAACUAGGAACUAAACAGGACUCCACCAAGCUACAGGAAAAUCUGCAACAGUUACAACAUUCUACAAAUCAGCUUGCAAAGGAAACAAAUGAAUUACUAAAGGAAUUAGGGACCUUGCCCCUUCCCUUAUCUACUUCAGAGCAGCGCCAGCAGAGACUUCAGAAGGAACGCCUCAUGAAUGACUUCUCUGCAGCCUUAAACAAUUUCCAGACUGUGCAGAGAAAGGUGUCUGAAAAGGAAAAGGAGAGUAUUGCCAGAGCAAGAGCUGGAUCUCGACUUUCUGCAGAAGAGAGGCAAAGAGAGGAGCAGCUCGUCUCGUUUGACAGCCAUGAGGAAUGGAACCAGAUGCAGAGCCAAGAGGAUGAAGUGGCCAUCACCGAACAGGAUCUGGAACUUAUUAAAGAGAGGGAAACAGCAAUUCGGCAGCUGGAGGCUGACAUUUUGGAUGUCAAUCAGAUAUUUAAGGAUUUAGCUAUGAUGAUCCAUGACCAAGGCGAUCUGAUCGACAGCAUAGAAGCCAAUGUGGAAAGCUCAGAGGUGCAUGUGGAAAGAGCCACUGACCAGUUACAGCGAGCUGCCUACUAUCAGAAAAAAUCUCGCAAGAAGAUCUGUAUCCUGGUGCUUGUCCUGUCAGUGAUUGCUGCUGUCUUCGCACUUAUUAUGUGGCUAGUUUAUGGAAAAUGAUUGCCUCAGUUUCUCCCACUGAACUGUUUUCAAGGGCAAGUGCUUGCUGGAGUCUUCCAGAACAAACUGAUCACAAGAAGAGAGCAUAUAUCAGAACGUCUUAUAAUAAUUUAAUUAGAAACUACUAACCAGUCCUUGGAAUUAGUGACCUAUAGAGGCAGUAUUUAUCAGUUUAUGUAUACAUUUUAUUGAUUUCUCAAAUUAGGAAUUAAUUUGUGUGUAUUUUGCUUUCUCUUCUAUUCCAAUUGCUCUUUAUCCCGAAUGUUUACUGAAAACUCCAUUCUAGAUAUUCUUGUUUUAACAGGUGACACUACAGACUUGUAAAUUGUCUUUUUAUGUGUAUACAAGAUUUACCUUUUUACUAGCAACUGAGAUAGAAUUACUUUCUGGCACCUAGCAUAUUGGAAUUUGUCAGAAACUGUAUAAUAAGCCAGCAAUUUUUAUUAUUUAACAUUUUAAGUUGAAUUUUUAAGAAGCCUAUUCUCUGUCUGCUUUGAAAGAUUUUGGCAGUGUAUUUAAGUAGAAAGUAAAUAAUUGCACAUGUGGUCCAGAUUAAAUGAGAAGUAUCUAUUUGAGCUUGCAGUUGUUGAGGUACUUGUUAAUCUGGGUUUAAAGUUUACUUUAUUGUCUACUAGUGUCAUCCACAGCAGUUUAUCCAUAUACACACUAAACCAUCAUGUUCAUUUUUUGAAGAGAUUAAUUUAAUUAACAUUACUAUACUCCAAGGUGUCCCUCUACCACCUGCCUGUAUAGAAAGGGAUAAUUAGACAAAGCAUGCUUUUGGAAAGUCAAUAGGAAUUGUUUGGAAUGAUUUAAUACUUUUGUUGUUGUUGUUCAGUUGUGGUUCUGCAUUUCUGGUGAAUGAUGAAUGUUGCGGUCAAAAUACCACCCUGCCCUAUAAGGGUUGCUGGGCAUUUGAUGGCAGGAAGAUUUUAAAAGCUAGACUGAAGUUGGUUUAAAAUUUAGUGCUGUGAACCUAGCGAUAAAGCAAAGAAAAGGUUCAUUUUUGUAAAUAAUACUGGUUUGGAGUAGUAAAGUUAGACUUAAUUUAUGAACAAGAAAUUAAUCUCCCAUAGUUUUAAACAACAAAAAAAAAGUUUCAAUAAAAGAUUGUUGUCUUGUAAUAUAAAUAUUGUUCACUUCCCUUUUUCACGGGUUUAGAACAGUUAAAGGGAAUGUGAUUUCUUUAAGCUCUCACAUAAAUGUGAAUUGGGCCAACAAUUUCAGUUCGUCCUUAAGUGAAUUAGAGGAUUUGACUACCCUGGAUAUAUUUAUAUUAAUUUCUUCCAUUCCCUUUAAUGUUACUUAACCUUCUUUUACUAAUGUGAACAGUAGGGAAACAAGGGCCCAAAUGCAUAAGUUUUUUUUUGCACUCUUGCACCAUUCUACCCACUUAAUACAAAUAAACAUUUUAAAAACUUUUGUAGUAAGUUUUUAUGAGUUAACAUCCUAAUGCAGUAGAUAUUAGGUAAUGCACUGUCCUUUAGAAAAAUUGGAACCUGCAAGAAGACUGGAGAUCAGGGGAGGAUUGGUUUCGGGGUGGAAUAGGCGCUGCUGCAGUCCCUUCCUUGAUAAACAGGAUGGAGCUAUUGGGGUGUCACAGUGACCCAAGCAGCAACUUCAGAGCUGAUUUCUUGGUUCUGUGAUCAGUGCCCCUUCAGCUCCAAAUUAUAGGUGGAUUUAGAUACAUCAUUUGUAACAUUCCAGGCAAGAAAAAGUCUUGGCGGUGAAAAACUGUUGCAGUUUGGGUAAAAUGAAGCCACUGUAGUUCAGUUCUAUAAUCUGAAUCCAGUCGUGAUGGUAAUAGUGGCCAUAGGUUGCAAAUAUGAACUUGGCCUAGAAUUUGAAUGGCCUGGAAUUUGUGGCCGUUUCAAAGAGGCUAGAUGGUCCUAAAAACCUGUUCAUAGAAUCCUUAUCUGUGAUUUGUUCAUCAUUUGAGCACCAUGGUCCAUAUAAUGAUGUUCUUGACCAUCAUUGUCAAGAACAUCACUAACAAUGGUUCUUGACCGUGGCUUCACAUUAGAAACUAGAAAAUUACUGAUAGCUGGGUUCUCCUGUCACAAGAUUCUGAUUGAGUUAGUUUGGAAUAUAACCUAGGCAUAGGGACUUUUCAAAGGCCCAGCUAAUUCUCAUGUACAGCCAUGGUUGAGAACCAUUGGAUUGGAGGUCAAAAACUAGACUUGAGCCUAGAGAAUCUUAGCUCUGCCAUUAACUUGCUGUAGGUAUUUGGACAAGUCAUUUAACCCCUAGGUCCCAAGUUUUACCAACAGCUCUCUCCUAGCUGUGAAAUUCUCUGAUUAUAAGGACCACAGGGGUUUGGUCUGAACAUAUAAAUUCUGUUUGCUUCUGUAUUCCUUUCCUUUUCCUCUUUUCUCCUUCCUUUAUGGAAUGCUCUAGAAGUGCUGGACAGAUGAAGUAAAUUAAAACUGUAGUACUGUAUAUGGUAAAGUAGAAAUGGCAGGCUGGCUACUUUCUCUGGGAAUGUUCCAGAACAAGAACUUGCUAGCUGCUAGGCUGAUGUUUCCAGGAUAGAUUUGCCUUGUUUUGCUAAGGGGUGGUGAUACACUGCCUUACUAUUGGGCAAAAAUAUCAAAAUGAAAUUAUCAGUCAGUGCAAAGUAAAACACCCCGAGCGUUCUUCAUUCAGUUUUGUCUUUCUUCUGUUCAGAGGCUGUCCUCAGUCAUGGGGAUGAGGCUUUUGUUUUUGAUCACUAAAUUCAGACUAGAACCCAGUUCAAUUUUCAAACUGUCCUGUUUCCUGGUAUCUCUAGGUUUCGAAGAUUUUUCAGUAUUGCCUUCCAGUGUUAUGAAACACAACUACUUUGAAAUCUCCAUAUAACCAGGAAAUAGUUAAAAAGGUUUUGAUUCCCAGCCUCUGAUCCUACUUUUAAGCCAAGUGAAUAGUUCAUUUUAAACACUUACCCAAAAUGAAAUUUGAUUGACAAUGUAGCAGUUAAUUUUUAAAGAGAAACUUGAAAUAAUAGAGUUUUUAAUGUUGAACUGUGAUUAAGGACCCAGCUUUUACCAGUCCAUAGAGACAUGAGAAAAAUGAUAUAGUAGGCUUUUUAAAGUACCAUCUUUGAGGCUGAGCUAAUGAUCUUUCCACUUUUUAAAACAAGGGUAUUUCAAGGUGGGGGGAAGGCAGAGACAAAUGUAUUUAAAAAGUAAAUAAAUUAAAAAAAAUAAAAAAAUAAAACAAGGGUAUUUCAAGAUUAUAAAAAUGAAAAGGUGGUGAUGUUAGAUGGCAGUCUUCAUUUUUAUUUUUUAUUUUUUGGGGGGGUGGGGGGCAUAUGGUAAAGAAGGAAACUUUGUUCAGUGCAAAACAGCUCAGUUGCAAUAUAGCACGGCUCUGAAAACAGUACUGCUGUGGAAUAACUCUGGGGCCAGGCCCUCUCCAGCCACUUCCGUUCUGCUCCACGACGGCCUGCUGUGCUUGGCGCCAGUCUGCUCCCGGUCUGCUCCACUCCACUUUGGCAAGAUGUCUUCUGCGUUCCAGCUCAGUCUGGAAGGCAUAGUCUUCAGUCUUUGGUGGAAAGGGAAAGUGCACUCUGGCAGUCUUCAUUUUUUAAACGUAUUUAGUUGGCAAAUUAAAAAUCGACAUUCCUAUACAUUUUUUCCUGGUCCAUGACAUUUCUAACUUCUGAACCGCUCUUUUAGAUUAUCCCCAUCACUAUAACUGAAGCAGUUGAGGCCAGGAAUGGCAGUCUGCUACAUAAAUUGAAAGGCUUCAGGAAUUGCUCUACAUGUGAAUGGUUAUUUGUAGGGUAAUAUUUGAGCUCUUGCUACCAGCAAUUUACUGUGCUAAAUGUUUUAUGUUUUGUGUUUAAUAUCUCAUACCCAUAAAACCAUUUUGGAGAUAAAUUUUUCUUGUCCCCUUUUUAUAGAUGAGAAAAAUGAGACAUAGUAAGUAACCUGCUCAUAGGCAGACAGUUUAGGAAUGAUGGAGCCAGGAUUUGAUCUCAAGUGACUCAGACUUCAAAACCACACCUUUUGCCCUGGCUGGUGUGGCUCAGUGGUUUGAGUGCCAGUCUGUGAACCAAAGGGUUGCCUCUUUGAUUCCCAGUCAGGGCACGUGCCUGGGUUGCAGCCCAGGUCUCCAGUGGAGGGCACUUGAGGGGCAAACACAUUGAUGUUCUCUCCUCUUUCUCCUCCUCAAUAAAUAAGUAAAUAAAAUCUUUUUUAAAAACCACACCCUUUGACACUAGACACUGUCUCCACGAAUCACUGAUACAAACUGUCCUACUCACCACCUCUUUCAUGAAGAUUUCUCUAAAAAUCUGGAGUAGUGGCAGUUUCUUCCCAAUUUUUCAUGAAUGUCCUUUUGUUAGUACCUUGUGAACUUUUCAUUAACCACCAAGAUAAAUGAAGCCUCCUGCUUGUACUAUCUAUAUACACAGUUCUUUUUUGUGUCUCCAUUUGAUCACUUCUGCAGAAAUAUAUUUUUUCGAGAGGGGAAAGAGAGGGAGAGAAACGUCACUGUGUGAGAGAAACAUGGAUCAGUUACCUCUCACACACCCCCAAUUGACCUGGCCUGCAACCCAGGCAAUGUGCCCUGACCGGGGAUCGAACCUGCAACCUCUUUAUCUGCAGGCCAGCACUCAGUCCACUGAGCCACACCAGCCAAGGCUGAUUACUUUGUUUUUAAGAAAGUUUUCUGGCCCUGACCCAUGUGGCUCAGUUGGUUGGGCGUUCAGUGCCUUGUCGGGGCAUAUAUAGUAGGAAACCUAUUGAUGUUUCUCACGUCAAUAUGUCCCUCACUUUUCCCCCUCUCUAAAAAUAAAUAAAAUUUAAGAAAAAAGAGAAAGUUUUUUUGACAUCAAUAUGCUCCUAAUGUUUUAGAUUCUAUUCUAAGGAAGUCUCAAUGUUUAAGAAAUUAAUCUGUCUUUGUUGAGUUACCAAAAUCCAAAAGCAGCUAGCCAAUCAGCCUUUCCACAUCCAAAGGUUAAGGGUCUAGACUGCUGCCCUCCAGUUUGCUGAUCUAUGCAGACAUCAUUGGUGCCCAAUCAAUGAGCUGCUCGCUUUAUAAGGCUUAGGUAAGUGUAAGAUGCCUUCACAUCACAAGCCAGUGUGAAUAUCAGCUGUGCUGAAAGCAGGGAACAUGACCAAGGAGUAAAGAAUUACAAGGGUAAAAAUACAACUUUAGAUUUCUUGGGUGUAUAGUCAGCAAUAGAAGGGAUUAAAUAAUGGACCACACAGGGAAGUUAAAUUAAAAGUCAAGGUUGACAUAGAUGUUACCAGGUCACUCAUAGCUAGAAAUGGCUUCAACAGUGCCUCAUGCCUGAAAGGAACAUAGAACCUCAAAGGCCUGCACAACCUUUGUAAAUAAAAGAAACUUAUUCUUUUCUGUUACACUCAAACUGCUUUUGAGACUACUUUAAUUCCUUCUCAAGAAUCAUGUCCUUGCGCUCAAAAGGAAAGUCAAAACCUGUUUACUUGAAACCAGCUUUAGAAUUUGUAUUUUCCUGAUCAGCCUAAUCUUUAGAAUCACAAGACUGGAAAGGAGGAUAUUUGAUAAGUCAUCUGAUCAGUUAAUAUCCUUGCUGGAUGAGUUUACUGUGCUUUUGAAAGCCAGAAGUGAUUCUCCUACCUGCCCAAGAGUUGAUAAUUUUAAAAUCCAAGUUAAUACUAUGUUGUAAAUAAAUUUUGAUCCCUGUCAUUAAGGACAAAAUCUUUUUUUUUUUUUUUUAAUUUUUUAGAUGGGAAGGGAGGGAGAAAGAGAGGGAGAGAAACAUCAAUGUGUGGUUGCCUCUCUUGCGCCCCUACUGGGGACCUGUCCCACAACCCAGGCAUGUUCCCUGACUAGGAAUUGAACAGGUGACCCUUUGGUUCACAGGCCAGCCCUCUAGCCACUGAGCCACACCAGCCAGGGCUAGGAUAAAGUCUAUCGAACAGGUUGAUGUUCAAUUUAAAAUCCAGAGGACCAGUAGCAGGGAAUCAAGAAAAGAAGGAACUCCUGAUCAUGUGCAGUGACUCUUCUUGGGUGAACAAUUUUCAAUUAGUUUCUUUAAAAAAAACAAAAAACAAAAAAAACAGGUCAGAUAACCCAUGCUUUCUAUAAAAGUGAAGUGUUGGGCAUCAGUUACAUGAUAAUAUGAUCGUAUCAACAUCUAAUUGUGCGAGACAAUCGUGAUUAAAGAGCAUGGCCUUUGGCAUCAUACAGACUUAGGUUUGAAUCCCACUUACCCCUCAUUCUAGGGCGAGGCUGGGCAACUCAAUCUCUCUGAACCUCUGCUCAGCUGUCAUAAUACCUAUCUCAAAAGUGUUGUGAGGAUUAAAUGAGAUGGUUCAUAUAAAAUACAUACUUGCUCAAAGAAGUAAGCACCCAAUAGACAAAGCCAUUAUAACCAGAGGCCCUGCUGGUGGUCUCUCAACUAGCUGUUGGCCCAGGGCAGGCCUGAAUAGCGUUUCCUUUCAUGAUUUAGUCACCAUAACCAAAAUUUAACAAUCCAAAGGGACCACAGUUUGAUUACUACUGAAGAUUUGGACGCCUGCCUUCUGGUCGGAUCGUUCCUGGCUCCAGCUUGUCCAGACUUUAUUUCACUAACAGACUAUUUCACCGUGUAUAAUGUGCACUUUUUUGCCCAAAUUUUUGAGGGAAAAAUAAGGAUAUGCAUUACACAUGGGUAGUACCUGAAAUACUUUGUAUCUGUGCUUGUGUUUUUUAAUUAUUUGUUACAAUAAAAUGUUAAAAAAAAAUGCCUGCUAAAAUU